AUGCUCGACCACUUAAGUUGGUCACAAUUUCCGCAGGGAUACACCAUGUGGAUUCAUCAUGAAGAGUCUUUUGUACGACCUAGUACUAUCUCCCCUAGUACUAUUCCAAAUAUGGUUGAAGAUACUAUCAUUGUCGAAGAUCCUAUUCAGAACAUGAUCAAUGAUGCAUUUGGAGUUGAUAGGAAUCAUGCAAAUGAAAUAUCAUAUGCGUCAAAUUUGGAGAUUGACCAAGAAGAUUAUGCAAUGCCAAGUGCAACUCAGGAAAGAAACGAAGCCAAGGAGUACUAUGAAUUGGCUAGAGAAGGAGAACAACCUUUAUAUGAAGGGUGUAGACGAUAUUCAAGACUAUCUUUUUUGGUUAAGUUGUACCAUAUAAAGUGUUUAUGUGGAUUGAGUGAGAAGGAAAUGACAACGAUUUUAAAGUUAAUAAAAUAUGCAUUUGAAUAUGCAAACAUUCCAAGUUUGUUCUAUGAAGCUAAGAAAUCAAUCACAAAACUUGGUUUGAAUUAUGUAAAGAUAUCUGCAUGUCCAAACGAUUGUUUGGGUGCACUUUCUGGGUGGAACACAUACACUGUACUUGCUUGCCCAUCAUGUAACUUUCAAACUACACCUCUCCGUAGCGGCAAAUCAAAAAUACUGAAGAAGAAAAUUCAUUCUUUUGUUAAUCUGCAACUCCAAUGCUCUCAGUACCCUGCAACCAACUCCAUCAGACCUCUGUAA